UGACUGAAAAAAAUAAAAUAUUUUUUGGUUUUUGGUUUUAGUUAAUUGUGUUAAAAGUAAAGUUUUUGGCUAAAGGCAUUUAGUUCAAUUUUAAUUGUUUAGUUUCUAUUAUUGUUGCUACCAACGGAAUAUUUUCCUCAGGCGUAAAACAAACCAAAAUUCCGAUGCAGUCGAUUGUAGCACACGAAAAGACUCUGGCAAGACGACGCCCUAGCAAUGGUUUACGUCUGUUUGACUCUAUCAAAAUGAUUCAACCAUCUGGGAAUGCCGUAAUUGACGAAGCCUAUCGUUUGGUGAAAGAAGGAGAAGGUAGAAUUGUGUUUGAUGAAGACUUUCCACGUGCUGUUCUGGUGGUUGGAAAUACUGGCGUUGGGAAAUCGACGUGUGUGGUCUUUGUUGCAUCGGACUAUUCUCGUAUGUAUGCCGAAAAAUAUCCACCCAAGAUUGGACAAUUGGUGAUCUUGGACGAAGAUGGCAAAAUUAGCAAGCCGGGCGAAUCAACGGAGUCGAAAACACUGUAUCCGGAAUUGUUCAUUAAUACGACAAGGGAAACGGCAUAUUACGAUUUACCUGGCUUUAAAGAAAACCGUGGCACUGCAAUUGCAAUUGCAACUUCCUACCUGACAAGAUUGGUCUUUGAACGUUGUUCCGAAAUCAAAGUUUUACUUUGUGUCGAUUACAAUUCUGCUGUGGGAAUGGAUCGAGACGGUUUCAUUGACGCACUUUGUAAUUUGGGUGAGCUCAUCAAAGACACAUCAAAGUUCAAAGACGCAUUUGCAAUGGUAUCAACCAAGACGCCCAACAUCCCGGAUGAUGACGGUACCAUCGUUUCAGAUGAAGAUGUAAUGGGUGGUAUUGUGCAUAUCCUUGAAAACGACGUUACACGUGGCUUGAAAAAUCGCUUAGACGUUGAAACAAAUCCAGACGCAAUUAAAGUUCUGGAAAAUGCACAAUUCAUAGUGGAGGCCCUGGUAACAAAAAAAUCAGGAAAAUUUACGCGUGUAGGCCUUCUUCGAAAUCCGGAAAAAGAAGGACCGUUGGUGUCAGGUUCACCACUCAUGAUUGCAACCAGACCAACCAUCAUUAACGCUGUCAACGACUCAUCAUACGUUCCGGUGUCUCGGACAGACCUCGGUUACACACUUGCAGAAUCAACACAACUCGAGAUGUUGCAGUUGGCGAAAGAAAUUGACGACGAAAUUGAAUAUGAAUUGAACAAAAUAGCUGCGGAUAUCGAAACUACAAUUUGGACGAGUGUCAAAGCAGCUGUUGAUUGGAAAUUGCUGAAAGACUAUCUAAAUACGUUGCAAGAAAGCGUGCAAGAAAUUUCGGAGGCCAUGAAAUCUUUGAAGAGGAUUGAUCAAAAUGCUAUUGAAUGUUUCCGAGACCGGCUUUCUAAGGCCAAUGUGUCCGUACAUGUCGACGAACUGAGCAAGCACGUUGACUACAUGAUUUUUCUGGAAAACAUGCUUGAACGAGAUGACAUUCAAAACGUACCGAAACUUGCAUUUGAAGAUAUUGCCAAACUGUCUAGCGGAGUACACGCUUGGUUUGUUUUGAUGUUUCGAGUUUAUGAUGCUUUGAGUCAGUAUCAGAUACAACAAAGUCCAGAACUGUACAAUGUGGCUGACAUCAAUGAUUGGGGAAUGCCCAAAUCGCCCCAAGGUCUUAAAAUCACAUCAGCAAACAUUGACCAGUUUUUGGAGAAUCUCAAUUUGGACAAGACGGCAGUUGGAAGUUUACGUAUGGACGAAGAACGUAUGAAUGAAAUCAAUUCAGUCGUACGUCUUUGUUUACAACAACCAAUUUCUAAAACUUACAAAAAAGACGUCCUAGAACUUAGUGCACCAUUUCUCACCAUGAAACGUAUAAAAGAAGAAUACAAGAAACAACCGAAAGCUAAAGUACUUUCAGCUUCAUGUACUUGUGGUCUGUUCAUUGAUGAGGAAUUAGAAGCACCGGGACUGCAUCUUCUACUGUUAUCACCAACAUGGAACGUUACUGGCAAUUUUACAAUUGAUCUAAGUGGAAACAAAGGAGAGUCUUAUGAUGGUCCAGCAGACGAAGGUCACGGAGAAACGGAAGGCAAGCCUGGUUCACCAGGAAAACCUGGCCAACCUGCUGGCCAUUUCGUUGGCAUAGCAGAUAGAGUUGUUGGUGGGGAGAGAUUAUUGCUUCACGCAAAUGGUGGAGAUGGUGGAAAUGGACAAUCUGGUGGAAAAGGUGGUCCAGGAACAGCAGGUGUCGAUCCGAGGCUUCCUACUGAUUAUUUUGAUAGGCCAAGUACUCGUUACAAUCUGGAUGACUACAAAACAACAUUGAUAUCUCCUACUUUUCCAUUGUUGGUAUUCCAAAGAGAAGAAUGGUAUACCAUUUUCGGAAUUGACAAAGCAACGAAUGGAAGUCGUGGUGGAAAUGGUGGAGUUGGCGGUUUUCCCAACACUGCUGGAACAAUCACAUUGGAUUUCUAUGGUCAGGCAAGCGGAUGUCCUACGCUGACACACACAGAUGGAAAAAUCGGAAAAAUUGGAAGCGGUGGACGAGGAGGUGAUGCCGCUAAACACGCAAAUGACAGGAAAGCUUACCGCUGGUACAAUUACAUAAUGACUGAGGACGCAAAAACAGCCGGAGGAUGGGAACAUAGAAGCUGGGUUGUUACAGGGUACUCAGAUUCAGGUGACAGUGGAACCGAUGGUGUGAAUAAUGAGGGUCAGAAACAACCAGACAAGCAAACAUCUGUUAGUGAAUUAACACCUCAGCUGAACAAUUACAAAGAAAUCCUUCUUUUGUUCUCCAAUGAAAAUCCGUUGCGUCGAAAUGAUUUGUUAAACUUUUUCCAAAACAUUACCGAAUCCCGACAAAUGCAAAAUUAUAUGUACAACACCUACGGCUUUCUACAUGAGCUGACAACGUUAGAAGCUCAAUUUUACAAAUUGUAUCAACAUCUCAACUCAUCGAAGUACUACAACUCCUUGUUGAAACGAAUCGAUGCAUACGGAGAAGCAAAUCGUUUGAGUGGUGCCAAUGUUGAAAGACUUGCACUCUCAACAGUUUACACGGCUUGUUUGAGCAAACUAUGUGCAUUGGAUUUUCAAUAUAAGUCCAAGAGUCUCAUAGUCGAUUUGGAAACAUUUAUGACAGAGAGUUUGAAGAAAAUUGAAGCCAUUGUAGUAGAUGACAGGAAGCUAUCAGCCAUUGAGAUUCGAGAUGAAUAUAUAAGUGAGAUUGAGCUCAAAGUACAGGAGGGACUAGAAUUGAUGGAGAAGAAAGUGGAACCAGCUAUUAAAAAGGCGACGGGUAACAUGAACAAUGCACUAGAAAAGCUGGUAGAUGAAAUUGUAGACUUGAUCGAAGAAGGUGAAGAGAGUUUACAAGAGCUGAUUCAAGCAAGAGACAAAAUGCGACAAAAUUUGUAUGCCAGAGCAUUUCUUGGUGUCUUCGAUUUUAUUGGAAAAGCAUGUGGAUUUCUUGGACCAGUAGGACAAGGAGUUGGAGCUGUAAUUUCUGGUGGUGUUGCAAUAGGAGGUGCUCUCGUUGUGGAUCCAGAUGUCGAUUAUGGUGAUAAGGUGCUAUUACCACCGGGCGUCUUAAAUGGACUUGAAGGACUCACAAAGGUGCUGCUCCAAAUUCGAAAGGCUGAAAUUGAAAAGCUUGCCGCUCAAUUAGAACUUUGUCAAAAUGGUCUGAACGAUAAUCCGAAUGAAAAAGCUGAUCUCAAAGAAAUCGACAUCAAAACUCGCGAACUGCUUCCAAAACUUGAAGAAGAACAAAAUAAUGAGAUACCAGCAGAUGAUGUUGAAGGUCUUCAAAAAUCCACUCAAACAGUAACGAAACUUGAAGAGGAGCUUCAAGACGAAAUUAAGAAAAAGGAAAAAGCGCUAGAAGAAGAAAUUGCUGCGGGAGACAAGAAGAAAGAAAAAGCGUUGUCGGUUGUAAAGAAAAUAAAAACCGGAAUCACUCUUGUUCAGUCAAGUAUUGGUUUGUACAACCAAGUUAAAGGUGACAAGAAAAAAGUUGAUGCCAUGACUGCGGCAAUAGAAGAUUUGGAUGCAGAAAUUGUGGCGCUCAUGUUUUACCAGAAAGCUGUCUAUAGCAUACUAUUUCCGGUUAUUCGAGAAAUCCAAAAGAAUGUGGAAGCAGUACAAGAAAGCUUGCCCACACAGUCUCAAAUUGCACUGGACGUUACGAAAUGGGAAGUACAGACAUCACUAGGAGACGUUCAAAAAUUACUGAACCAAAGCAUGGAAGGUUUUAACGCUGUAGAGGACCUCAAUGCCUGUUUCGAACAGCUAAGCGAAGCCUUAUCACUUCAAAUUCAUAUAUUUGAUCGCCUUGAGAAUCUACGCAGUCAACAAGCUCUGGGAGACUACAUCUACAACAUUGGAAAUGCAGGAGACUACUUGUACCUUCUCAAAGGCACUAAAUAUGAAGAGCUUGUCUUGCAACUGAACGUGACAAUUUUAUCAAAUUUGGUUCUUCUUGAGUUUGACAACGCAAUGCAUGUGUUUAAACAGUGGAUUUUCCCAUUUGCUGAAUGUCAUUUCGCUAAAUUUUACCUUCCCAAUAGUCUGAAGCCAACUAUUGACGAUCAAUCGUUACAAGAACUUGUUGUAACUGCAAAUACUCAGUUGAAAGCAGCAAUUUCCACCAUCAAAACGUACUGGUCAACUGUAACUAGUCACGACAAAUUUUUCUUCGAAGGCAAGUUUUACAGUAACGAAAAGAUAGGCGGACCAUUUUACGAGUGGACCAAUAGCAGUCAUCGCACAACAAUACAGAAGUUGUUCGGUAAAGAAUCUGUAACUUUGUUAGCAGACGUUCGUAACAGCUCAACGUACGUACGUGUUCGCGAAGCUAUUAAAUUCAGUGUAAUUUACAUAAAAUUCAACUUGGCCAAUGCAAAUGAGGAGAGAUUGGCGAAAUUCAAAGAUGCUCUCGAAUAUUUUAUGGUUCAUCUGGAACAUUCUGGAAACAGUUACUAUGGUUUUGAAGGGAAUUACUAUGUUAUACCAGGUGACAAAGUUACGCUCAGCUACAGCUUGAAAGGUUCUUUUGAAGGUGAUCCAGACAUUCAAUCUGUUAGCAGAGGCAAAAUUAUGACCGGCGAUCUAUUACUAAGCCCAUAUGCACUUUGGACGGUUAGAUUGAUUACAGAUCGAGAUGAAGGUUGGACUAAAAUUGCUGAGUUUGUGAGUGACAUUUCACUGGAAUUAGCUGGUCAAGGCAAAUACAUUUGGGAUUAUGACAAUGAAUUGACGAAGUUGAAUUUGGAACCUGGCCAAUAUUACACAAUUCUAAACUAAAUAAUCAAAAAAUUGCUUAAUUUUUGUACGGACUCUGUAAUUUGGAAAUAAAGAGUGAAUUUUAGA